GACGCACAUUUCUUUGCAGCGAGAGCGAGAGCGGCGCUUCCUCCGACACUUUACCAUGAACAAGACGAGAAAAACUCACUGCUGAGCGAUCACGAGAGCUGUUUUACUAAGAGUUGACAAAAUGUCUGAUUCAGACUCAGAUUCUGACUAUGGUGGCGACUGUGAGAAGAAAUUCAGGACAAAUGAUACAAUGAUCACCUUUCGUCCAUCAGAGGAGAUUUUCGAACGGUGGUCCCAGAUCCCCGUUGAGAAAAAAAAAGAUGCUGCACAACGGAUGAAAUUGGCUGUCUUCUGGAUUCCCAUUCUACUUCACCAGGAAGAGUGCAACACUGCUGCUUGGGCUAUGGAUAUAGGUUUAAUCAGCUCAAAAAACAGUGAACACCUAAAGAUGAAGCACCUGCACAAGAUUGAGGUAGUGGAAAGAAUCCUCUUCAACAUGGAAAGAGGAACUUUGAAAAAGGAAUCUUCAAGACAUGUUAUCAUCAUAAGUAACAUGUUUAAUUUGCGAUCUAAAGAUGUUUUUGAGCACGCACUGCGAUGGUUGGAGGUGAGCGGAGAUGUUGAUGUUCGCCGUCGCCUGGACAAUCUUGGCAAUCUACCUACCUGCUUUGCAGCCCUCCGCUUCAUCUUUACAGAGUUUGCCAAAUUUGUUCAGCAAAUGGGGAGCAACACAGAGAAGGCAAUGAAGUUGCUGAUGCUUCCACAAGAUGACUAUCUCAUUGAAAAAAGUGAAGAAAUGAAGAAGAAAGGAAAUGAGUUCUUUCAGAAACAUCAGUAUGAAGACGCUGUCACAUUUUAUUCUAAAGCCAUCAAAUUUUACCCCGACAACCACAUCAUUUAUGGAAACAGAGCACUUUGUUAUAUCCGGUGCCAGAAAUAUCUAAAAGCAGUUGGUGAUGGAAAACGUGCCAUUCUCAUCAAACCCCAGUGGUCAAAGGGUCACUACCGCUUCUGUGAAGCCUUGUACUCCCUGGGAGAAUUCCACGUAGCCCUUCAAGCCAACCGCACAGCCAGGUCGCUGUGCCAGGACGACCACGAGGGAAUGAAAGACCUGGAGCAGCAGCGUCAAAAAUUAGUGGCUGAAUUUUCUCACGUGCCAGUUGUGCCACCACCCAACGCUAAAAGUUUUAAAGUUGGUGUAGUGACGCAACGACCACAGUCCAGGAAAGGUGGUAAGACUGAUUCAGCUGCGUCUUUGACUGGAAGGGUCACAGAUAUUAAAAUGGACAAAAAAACAGCAAAAAAUCCAAAGGUGGGAAUGUCAGAAGGCAGCACUAAUGGUCAAAAAGCACCCAAAGAUCCAAAAAGUGUGAAAGUAGAACCCAGUACACCAACUAAAAACAAGCAAAGGACCAGAAAUGCUCAAGCUGAGGAGGAGGUUGUGGACGACGACGACUUUCAAUAUGAUGGACGUCCUUACCGUUUUGAGCCAGAGUAUACGGCUGAAGAGCUCACUGAACGGAGGAUGCGGAGGCAGAGAAAGGAACAGCUGGCCAGAGUAAGUAACCAGAAUGGGGUUGAUGGUAAAAUUGAUGUGGGUAAAGAGUUGAAGUCCAUGGUCCGAGAUGCCCAAGCUGCCUUGUACGACCUCCGCAGCCGCAACGCGGAACAGGCCUUCAGCAAGGCUCUGGCUCACCUGGAAACUGCAACGCCCAAGGAACUUGGACUUUCCACCCUGGAUGUCUUGUUGUUGCUGUUUGGACGUGCAUCAGCCCUGACAGAAAUUGGCCAACCUGAGGAACUCACAGAGGCCCAGAAACUCUUGGAGAAGAUCAAAUCGUAUGAGGAGCGGACAUUUCAGUGCCUGGUUUUCUAUGCCAUUGGGAAAGUGUAUCUCAGGGAAAACAGGUUUGCAGUUGCUCUGCAGCAUUUCUCAGAUUCCAUGCAGAUGGUCUACAAUCAGAUAAAACCGGGUAAACUCACCUGGCCUUUAACAAACGAGAUUGUAAAAGAAACACAGCCAGACUAUUUGGAGGAAAUUCUGGAGAGUUCUAUUGAGUUGUGUAAGUUUCCUCCCAUUCCUGAUGCCAUUUGUCGUCUUGAGAAAUGCUUGCACCCUUUAAAAGCUGAGAUCUACUUCACUGACCCAGAUUUUAAGGGCUUUAUACAGAUAUGCUGCUGUCAGAGCUGCACGAUUGAUUUCCACAUCACAUGUUGGAAGAUCGUGAAGGCAUCAACCUUUUUUGAAAAGAAUGAAAAGGAUAUCUUGCAAGAUGCAUGUUUGACUCCAAACUGUAUCGGGCAAAUCUGUAGUAUCAAAAUCUUUGGUCCAACAGGCCUGGUGAAAUGUAAGUUUGAGACUGUGAUCAGCAAACCACAGACAAAGAAGCCAAAAGUCAACCAGGAAUGUACAAGUCUGAAGAAGUUGAAAUCAAAAGAGGAGCGGAAGCUCAAGAGGAAACAGCAUAAACAGACAUUUCAGGAUAAUCAGACAAUCAACGAUGAGAUUCUGCAGAACGAAGUCUCGAGGACUCAGACUCAACAGAAAGCCUGGUUGGUGUACAGAGAUCGAGUUCUUCUGCAGAUAAGCCAGAGCAUGGACCUUCUCAGGGAGCAGAAGAGUCUCCAGAUUUCCCUCUUGACCAGCACUCUGAAGCCCUGGCUGGAACUGGACUUGUUGAGGGGGAACCAGCUCGCUGGCAGGCUACUAAACUGGCAGCAGGAGCCACUGGAGACUUUCACUCAAGCUGUUGAGCUGCUGCUGGAGAGGAAGAACCGGGUUUGGUCCAGGGUCCUAAUCCAACUGCUCAGUAACAGUGUGGAUAUAAAUCCCAAACUCAGCAAAUGGGCGUGCCAGCUAAACAGUGCAGGCCUGACUGCAGCCAAAUCUUUCAUUGAGCGAUAUGCGGGACACUUGGAGCAGCUGGAUCUUUCUCCUCUUCUCAGAUUUGAACCAUUGCAGGAGAUGUUUAUAGAGAAACUAGACACUAGACCAGAGUUUUUUUCAAGCAAGGGCCUGAGUGUGACUGAGUACCUAAACCAGGCGCCAGCACACACAACGAGACUCUUUAUCUGGACUCUGGAAGAGCAUAGAGAUGACUAUACCUCUUGCCAUGCUAUACUGGAUGAAUAUUUUGAUAUGAUGGAUGGAUCUUGUUCCGUCCUAAAAAAGUCUGAUGAAAAUGAAAAUAAUUCUCCGAUCAGAACUAAGACUCGUAGCCGGAGAAAAAACAGGAAAGAACAAAAGAUGCAAUAUUAUCGCCCUCAGCCGAGAAGCGAAACGCCAAGAGACGAGUUGGACCAAGACUUUUUUGAAGAGGAUUCUUUGUCAUUCCUUCACCCUGCUGAUGGGUUCAGUGUUCCCAGUCACCUUCGAGAGCAAGUGGCUGAUUUUGAGGAUCAGUACAACGGCACCAGACACAGAUCUCGCUAUAAAAUGAUUAUGGACAACAACCCUGACCCAGCAAAAGAAAGUGUGUUUGACUACUUUGCUCAGAUCUUGGACGAGCACGGUCCACUGAUGGCCGAGGAUCCUCUACUGGUGGGUGAAAUGGAAAACUUCCCUCCCAUUGCUCAGCAGAACAUCCAAGAAGCAGGUGGCCUCGAACUCUUCCUCCUGGAGUCUCUUCGCUUCAUAAAGAUGGGGAGGUGCAUUGGCCUGGCCAAGCAUGCAGUUUCCCUGCAACAGUCUGGGAACGAAACAAGCCUGGAUGACUUGGACGAAAUUGUGGACGCUGGACUUAACUUUUCAUUUCCUGAUACGCAUUCAGGCAUGGAAACUAGUUUGCCGAGCUCUCUGGAAAACUAUGCAUUUGUACACACUGAAAGCCAUCCCGUCCUUCCUAAUCCUUAUUCUUUGGGACCCCUCUCUUUUUGGGCUGAUGGAAGCUUUGAUCAGGGCAGCCACUUUUUACCUAAUGGCUUCGAGGAGCUUGGUUUUGAUGCCUCCGAGGCUAAUAAUGGCUUUUUGGACACUGAUUCAGUUUCGUCCAGAGUUGAUUCAGUGGCAACGGAUGACGAUGUUUUGAAAAGACAUGCUGCGGUGCAGACAUGUCAGGAGCCAAUGAGCAGUGUGGCAGUGAAUACAGAGUUUCAUAAGCGUUUUGAGAGCUGCCCGGGUGAUCUCAAUAAAAAGGAAAAGAAUAACACGAUGAUGGCGCAGCAAAUCGAGGACAUUUUUGACAGCAACUUCAUGGUCAAUCCAAGUAUUGUAGAAGACAACCGUUCAUUGCAGGAGGACAUAAAAAGGAUCAAUACAAAUAUUCAAGUGACAAAUAAAGAGCUGGUAAUGUUCCAGCAGAAGCUGGAGGAAGAGGUGUGGAAAGACCAGCAGGAGAAGAAAGCCAACCAAGAGGAACUGAAGACCCUGAAGACGGAGAGGGAGCAGCUGGCUGGGGAAGUCACAAGGUUUUCUCAGAAAAUCAGGGAGAAUAAAAAAGGCUACGAUGUCAAGUUAAGAGAUUUCUUGGAGCUGAGCAAUAAGGCAGCAGCAGAGAAGAUGCGUCUGGAGGACGAGAUCAAGCGCAGCAAAGCCUUGUUGACCUCUGCCACUAGGCGGUCUUACACAGCUCAGCUGUCAGUCAUGGAAAGCAAGCGGGAUCAAGCCUUGUACGGACUCUACAGAGAGCUGGCUGGCCCCAAGGCUUUUCUGGCCAAAGUGGAGGAAGCAAUGCACAAUUUCCCAAACCCAGGCCUGGAAAUGAUCAGAAACGACUGCAGAGCCAAAGUCGAAGAGGCUGAGAGGAAAAUCUCUGCUGCUGAGCGACAGUAUCAGGAGCAGAUUGAUCAGGUAAAGAAUGGCAGAAGAGUGUGCGAGUUGCCUCAAGUCGGCAUCAGCAACCAGCCCGAUCCUGCAGGUCCAGCGCUCUCUGUGGGAGCCAGAGCGUUCGUUCCCAAGCCUUCAACUCCGGCUCUGCACAGCGCUGCUGCGGCCGGCCAGCGCUCAGGUUCACCUGCAGCUGAAGCUCCCGCCGCCGCCGCCACGAUGCUGCACAAACCCACCAGAAGAGCGGAGUCUCCACACAACACUGUGUUUGACAAAGCUAUGGAGACCCUGUCCUCCAUGUUUCCGGAUUAUACAAGGUCAGACUUGAUGAGGUACAUCCAAGAGUUGCGUUCUUCCAGAGGUGGAAGCCUCAACAGGAUGGGAUUGCAGGAUAUGGUUGGAGGAGUGACACAGCUGAUCCUGGACCAUCAGGAAAUGCUUAAUACUGCCAGAGCCAACGCGGUGCGUCGUGGGGGUCCGACUCAGCGUUCCACCCCUCCUUUGGGAAGCCAAGGCCCGGUCUGGCAGCCGGUCGGAUCCUACAGAUCCACAUAUUCCACAGCUCUGAACGUGGAGGACCCGUGUAUCAUCUGUCAUGAAGACAUGGCCCCAGAAGACACCUGCGUGCUCGAGUGCAGACACAGCUUUCAUGAAGAGUGUAUCAAGUCCUGGCUGAAGGAGCAGAACACCUGUCCCACCUGCAGGAAUCACGCACUGUUGCCUGAAGAUUUCCCAGUUCUGCCGGGCAGGAGACGCCUAGCGCCAUGACGUCUUAAACUGACUAUCCAUGUAUCUGAACCUUCUGUUAUUUUGUUCAAAACCGUAAGAGUUGGCUGAGUGCUCUUUUGUUCUCUUAUCUCAUGAAU